CACUUUAAUUGAGUCAAGACUCAAGACCCAAUAGGUUGGCUUGGCUGCAGAUAAGCCGAAGACAUGAUGACCACCCUAUGGCGUAGUUUAUUAUUAUUUUAUUUAUUCGACUGACACACCUUCUUCAAUCUUCCCUCUCCAUAUGCAUCCCUGCAGAGGCAGCUCAACCAUUUAUUUAAUCUUUGCCACCCUCACAUCCUCCUCCUCAUCUAAUUCAAAUCAAUGAUGCGCAGCGUUACUAGCUCCACCUCUGCCAGAGGCAUCGCCGCCAUUGUCGGCGUUGGUCCCAAUCUCGGCCGUUCCGUCGCUCGGAAGUUCGCUCACGAAGGAUACACCGUCGCCAUCCUCGCCAGAGACCUAGCGAGAUUAUCGAGAUUUGCCGACGAAAUAGCGAGGGAGGAGAAAGCGCAGGUGUUUGCUAUUCGAAUCGAUUGCUCCGAUACACAGAGCGUGAGAGAAGCAUUCGAAGGCGUUCUCUCAUUAGGUUUUGUGGAGGUUCUGGUGUACAACGCUUACCAACCAAUUCCUUGGCAAUACGGUGGCCCUUCAAGUUUCUCCGACAUUCGUAUCGAUUCUUUUCAAAAAUCCCUAGCCGUUUCUUCCGUCGGAGCUUUCCACUGUGCUCAACAGGUGUUGCCUGGUAUGGUAGAAAGAGGAAGAGGAACCAUUCUGUUCACCGGUUGUGCUGCUUCCUUAUCCGGCAUCGCCGGAUUCUCUGAAUUAUGUUGUGGCAAGUUUGCUAUGAGAGGAUUAUCUCAAUGUCUGGCUAAAGAAUUUAAUCCACGUGGCGUACACAUAGCGCAUGUCAUCAUCGACGGACUGAUUGGUGCAUCUCGGGCAUCAACUAUGCCACAAAGAUCAUUAGUUGGAGAACAACAGGGUGUAGGUGGGGAUGGAUCCAUGGACCCUGACUCGGUGGCUCAAACCUAUUGGUAUCUGCACAUUCAACCCCGGGGAAGAAGUUAUUCUAGAUUCAAUUAUUGGUUUGAGGUGAUGUAGAAAGAAAGGAUAUAUAUGGUAGAUGGAGGGAAUCGUGUCUUAAUAGAGCACGCACAACUUAAAUGUACCACUUGCAUUACCUCAGUGACAUGUCUGUUGGUGGACCUUCGUUUAACUUUUUGUCUACUUUUGCCCCCGUGGGUCCCUCCUACGUAUUUGAUUGCAUUACAUACUUGUACUUUCUAUUUCCAUGCUUUUCAUGGUUGUACCUUAUGUGUUUAGUUUUUGCCAAACAAAUGUGAUAUCUGUUAGGUUAUGAUGGGUUGGCCCAAUCAUAAACCACAUACUUCAAUUCCGACCUAGCCCCACACGCACUUUUUUGCUAUUACUCAUUUGUCCAUACUUUUGAUGUAACUCAUACUGUUAAUGCUCGAAGAGUAUCCAAUAGUUAAGUUUUUUUUUUUUUUUUUUCCUACUAUUUUGAAUUUGAAAAUGGGUAAGGAGAGUGAUAGUGUUAUG